UUGGCUUCUCGGCCGACUGAAUAAGCGUCUCAGGAUCUUCGUCAUGACUCUUAAAUCUGGGCCUGUCAGUUCGCCCCAGCGUUACUCGUCUCUAGGCAGGGCAUGGGGUUUACAGGGUUCAGCCAAUCAUCUAUCGUCGAGAUCAGGUUGCCAGGCAGAUUAUGUUAACGAGGCCCCGCCUUUUAUGCUGCUCCCACUCUGCGGCGGGAAGAACCACCUGGAGGUGGCGGGGGGGUUUGAUUUCCAUCACCCCUAGGGAGAGAGGAUCGGGGACCCGCUGAUCUUCCAGCUCCCCUCACCCAACGUCGUCACAUUGCAGAGAGGCCUUUUCAUCCUUCGUGGAUAUGCGCGUGGUGGACAGAUGACUGCUCCCCAGCCUGUGCUGCUCUAGGUGCCCCGAGCCUGGGGCUGAGUGUAGGGAAGGAUGGAUUCCAAAGAUGAAAGCUCGCACGUGUGGCCGACGUCUGCAGAGCACGAAGGCAGUGCUGCACAGGUGCACUUUGUUCCAGACGCUGGGACUGUGGCUCAGAUCGUCUAUACCGAUGACCAGGUUCGUCCACCCCAGCAGGUGGUGUACACGGCAGAUGGUACCUCCUACACUUCAGUGGAUGGUCCGGAGCAUACCUUGGUGUACAUCCAUCCUGUGGAGGCUGCGCAGACUCUGUUUACAGACCCAGGCCAGGUAGCUUAUGUCCAACAGGAUGCUGCGGCUCAGCAGGCCUCAUUACCGGUGCAUAACCAGGUAUUACCUGCAAUUGAGAGUGUGGAUGGCUCCGACCCUUUGGCAACUCUGCAGAAUCCUAUGAGUAGACUGGAUGCCAAAGAGGAGGAGGAGGAAGAAGAGGAGGAAGAGACUGAGGAAGACGAGGAAGAUGAGGGGGAGGACACAGACCUGGAUGACUGGGAGCCAGACCCGCCUCGGCCCUUCGACCCGCAUGACCUAUGGUGUGAGGAGUGUAAUAAUGCACAUUCUUCAGUGUGCCCAAAGCAUGGCCCCUUGCACCCUAUCCCCAACCGGCCGGUGCUCACCAGAGCCAGAGCCAGCCUCCCUCUGGUCCUCUACAUUGACAGGUUUCUGGGGGGCGUGUUCUCCAAAAGACGCAUUCCCAAACGCACCCAGUUUGGUCCUGUGGAGGGACCCCUCGUCAGAGAGUCCGAGCUGAAAGACUGUUAUAUUCAUCUAAAGGUUUCUCUUGAUAAAGGAGACAGAAAAGACAGGGACUUGCAUGAAGACCUGUGGUUUGAGUUGUCUGAUGAGACUCUUUGUAACUGGAUGAUGUUCGUACGUCCAGCCCAGAAUCACCUGGAGCAGAACCUGGUGGCUUACCCAUAUGGCCACCAUGUAUAUUACACAACGAUAAAGAAUGUGGAACCCAAGCAAGAACUGAAGGUUUGGUACGCUGCAUCCUAUGCUGAGUUUGUGAACCAGAAAAUUCAUGACAUUUCUGAGGAAGAAAGGAAAGUUCUUCGAGAGCAAGAGAAGAAUUGGCCCUGUUACGAAUGUAACCGCCGAUUUGUAAGCUCAGAGCAAUUGCAACAGCAUCUCAAUACUCAUGAUGAGAAACUGGAUGUGUUUAGCAGAGCAAGAGGCCGAGGAAGGGGACGAGGCAAGAGGCGAUUUGGCCCAGGUCGAAGGCCAGGGCGUCCCCCCAAAUUUAUCCGCUUGGAAAUAACCAGUGAAAAUGGGGAAAAGUGUGAUGAUGGGACACAGGACUUGCUACAUUUUUCCACCAAGGAGCAGUUUGAUGAGACUGAACCCGCUACUCUGAAUGGGCUGGAUCAACCGGAACAAACCACCCUCCCAAUCCCUCAGCUGCCACAGGAGACCUCGUCUUCUCUGGAGCAGGAGCCAGAAACUCACAGCCUGCAUCUGCAGCCACAGCAUGAGGAGAGCGUGCUGCCCACACAGAGCACCCUGACUGCCGACGACAUGCGCAGGGCCAAACGCAUCCGAAAUGCAGCUCUUCAGCAUCUGUUUAUUCGGAAGUCCUUCCGGCCUUUUAAAUGUUUGCAGUGUGGAAAGGCCUUCCGUGAAAAGGACAAGCUGGACCAGCACUUGCGCUUCCAUGGGCGGGAGGGGAACUGCCCCUUGACCUGCGAUCUCUGCAACAAGGGUUUCAUCAGUAGCACAUCGCUGGAGAACCACAUGAAGCUCCAUUCUGAUCAGAAGACUUACUCUUGCAUUUUUUGCCCAGAAUCCUUUGACCGCCUUGAUUUAUUGAAAGAUCAUGUGGCCAUUCAUAUCAAUGAUGGCUACUUUACCUGCCCAACUUGCAAGAAACGGUUCCCAGAUUUUAUCCAGGUAAAAAAACACGUACGAAGCUUCCACUCAGAAAAGAUCUACCAAUGUACAGAGUGUGACAAGGCCUUCUGCCGGCCGGACAAACUGCGGCUCCACAUGCUCAGACACUCGGACCGCAAAGAUUUCCUGUGUUCCACAUGUGGAAAGCAGUUCAAGCGAAAAGAUAAACUACGUGAACAUAUGCAGAGGAUGCACAAUCCUGAGAGGGAGGCCAAGAAAGCUGACCGCAUCAGCCGCUCCAAGACCUUCAAGCCUCGAAUCACGUCCACAGACUAUGACAGCUUCACGUUCAAGUGCCGCCUGUGCAUGAUGGGCUUCCGGAGGCGGGGCAUGCUGGUAAAUCACUUAUCAAAGAGGCACCCAGACAUGAAGAUAGAAGAGGUUCCAGAGUUAACUCUGCCCAUCAUAAAACCCAACCGAGAUUACUUCUGUCAGUAUUGUGAUAAGGUUUAUAAAAGUGCCAGCAAGCGAAAAGCCCAUAUUCUGAAGAACCAUCCAGGAGCUGAGCUCCCACCAAGCAUUCGGAAACUUCGCCCUGCGGGCCCUGGAGAGCCAGACCCCAUGCUGAGCACCCACACCCAGCUCACAGGCACAAUUGCCACCCCUCCCGUCUGCUGCCCUCACUGCUCCAAACAAUACAGCAGCAAGACCAAAAUGGUUCAACAUAUUCGAAAGAAGCAUCCUGAGUUUGCCCAGCUCCCUAACACCUUACAUACGCCACUGACAACCGCUGUGAUUAGUGCUACCCCUGCUGUUUUAACUACAGAUAGUGCCACUGGAGAGACUGUAGUGACAACAGACCUGCUCACCCAAGCCAUGACGGAACUGUCCCAGACCUUAACGACAGAUUACCGAACGCCACAAGGGGACUACCAGAGAAUCCAGUACAUCCCCGUGUCACAGUCCACGUCUGGUCUUCAGCAGCCUCAGCACAUACAGCUUCAAGUGGUGCAGGUGGCCCCAGCCACGUCCCCUCACCAGUCUCAGCAGUCCACGGUGGAUGUUGGCCAGCUCCACGAUCCUCAGACCUACACCCAGCAUGCCAUCCAGGUGCAGCACAUUCAGGUCACGGAGCCUGCUACCUCGGCACCGUCAUCAGCCCAGGUAACUGGGCAGCCACUGAGCCCCUCCUCACAACAGUCUCAGCAGGGGCUCAGCCCCUCCCAGAUACAAGGCAGUGCUUCUGCACAAGGCCAAGCUCUCCAGCAACAGCAGCAGCAGCAACAGCAACAGCAGCAGCAAGGUUCCACUGUACAGCACACAUACCUACCCAAUGCUUGGAACUCCUUCCGGGGCUACUCAUCCGAGAUUCAAAUGAUGACACUUCCCCCGGGUCAGUUUGUAAUUACAGAUAGUGGUGUGGCAACUCCUGUCACCACUGGCCAAGUGAAGGCGGUCACUUCGGGUCAUUAUGUAUUAUCAGAAAGUCAAUCAGAAUUGGAGGAAAAGCAAACUUCUGCCCUCUCUGGGGGAGUCCAGGUUCAACCAACCACACACAGUGAUUUGGAUCCCCAGGCCACCAGCCAACAGCAGCCUACACAGUACAUCAUCACAACUACCACCAACGGGAACGGAAACAGUGAAGUGCAUAUCACUAAACCCUAACUUCGUCCCAGAGCUAGAAUCAAGCAGUCACAUCAUGUCUCUUCUUACUCAUGUCUGAAAGUUUCUGACACUUAGAACCCUUUUUAAAGAUUUGUCAUUCACUCAAGAGUUUGGAAACCAGUUUCAACACACAUACAACAGGGCUUAUUUUACCACGGUCAUCUUCAUCAAGUUGACACUUCAGACUCAGAAGUUUCUACCAUGGGAUGGAGAUCUUUCAGAGGAAACUAGAUUUCAAGAUGGAGAGACUUUGUCUUGCUCUUGAGUUUUUGGUUUUUUUUUUUUUAAACACAUUGAUAAGCCUUACUUUUCCUUUGUGGAAAUAUUAAGUGGUGUAUUGUGUUUGUACCAAAGGGGAGGAAAGGAUGUGCCAAGUCCAUGGCCACAGGACUUUUUAAUUCCAAGCCCUAGCACCAAAGGAGAAGGGGCUUUUUAUGGGUGUGUCUUAGGUCAGAACUACUUCAUCUUGUGAAGUUUGUGUUUUCAAUAAUUUCACAAAGGGAGCCACUUGAAUAAGAAAAUAAAAAUGAUGAAAGAAAGGUUUGACAGUGAUCUUAAGGAAAAAACUGUCAUCUAAAUUUUUCUUAUCACUGAUAAAAAAUAAAUUGUGCUUUUUUUUUUAAAGCCAUUGUUGGGCUAUUCAUUGGUAGUGCUUUCCACAGAUGUUGGCCCUCAGUGGAGUAGGCCAGAACCUCAUGUUCUGUUAGAGCUUACUUUAUCACUCCACAAUGGUGGACUCCCUAAGAGCAUUUCCCUGUCAGCAGAAUUUAAACUCCUACAUUAAAUCUUUGCCUCCCAUUCUCAGACUGUAGUUGUAUGAAGGAGACAUUGGAGGUAUCUGUACCAAAUUACUAAAGCAAAUGUAUGUUUUUACUUUUAUAUAUAUAUAAAAGUAAAAGGCCCUGAAACCUUGUCCUGCCUUGUAGGAUAUAUUUACCUUUCAUCAGUAAAGGAUGAAUUCCUUGUUCUUACCAGAUCUACUUUCAAUUCUUGCUCACAGCAUCCAGUGUAUUUUAGUACUUUGAAUGCUGUCUUAAAAUGAACAUUCUUUAAGGUUAGAUGGAAAGGUGGCCCUCUGUUUCUUAAUGCUUAUAACUUUAAAUGUAUUGCGCUUCAUCUGACCUUUUGGUAAGAUGACCAAAUUCACACUUAAUUGAAAAAUGAGAACAUGGGGACCAUUUGUAAUACGUUUUAAGGGAAUUAUAAGGGAUUCAAAAGAAAUUCAAUCUGUAUGACUAUUAAGCUGUUAGUUGGAAGAGGAAAAAAAAUCUGCCUCAAUGAUAGUUUUUCUUACAUGUGUUCCUGUUUGGGAGUCUUGUUAGCUAUGAAUUCAAGGGGGCAAAUAGAUCUCUUUUUACUGUACAUUCCAAUUAUACACAUAAAACAUGGAAGAAAUCAGUAUGUAUUUUAAUAGUUUUUUGUGACAUACUAACACAUUUUUACACUAUUGCGUUUAUCAUUCCAGAACAGAAAGACCUAACUUCAAUUUUAAUUGAAGUUAACUAAUUUAUUUUAAUUUACAUUUGUGGGUUAAAAACUGGUUCUAUAAAUCAAGAAGUCUAGUAACUUCUUUGUGGUAAAGGUACCUUUCUGAAAAGUAAACAAUUCUGUUGAAAUAACUUUACUAAUAUGUAGAUUUUGCACUUUAUUUUUGAGACCUCAUUCAUUUAGUUAUCCCAGAAAAUAUGGGCACUAAAACUUAAGAAAGUUACUUGAUGAAUGGAUUCUAUAUCUUUGGCAACAAAGAGGUAAUGUUGAUGUUUUCAAUAGAAAAUAUUGACUCUGGGUCACAAAAUAGAGACUCUGUGUCCCAAAGUCCCACAGUAUAAUGGCUGUAAAUAUCCUAGUGUCUGGUCAAGAAAGACUUGCUAGGUGAAGAACAGUAGACUUUCCCAAAGGUCUAGUUUAGUUUUUAUACCUUAAAGCUGGCCCUGGUGGGGCCUUUUUAAUUUGAACCAGCAAAGUACCUCCCCUCCCCUCAGGAAUAACUUAUUGAUUAAAAUAGAAAACUGUCACUGGAUGGAAUGUUCAUUUCAUGUCAGUUACUUCAAGUUUUAAAAUACACGGAAGAAAACUUUGUGGAAGCACCUCUUUGUCUUUUUCCCACAUAGGUUUGUCUUUUUUCCCUUUUUUUUUUUUUUGUCCUUAUGAGGACUAAGUAAGGACUCUAAAACUAAUUUGUUUCUUAUCAACUAGUGAUGCAGGUGGCUGUCAGGCAAAAUAACAAUGCUUGGAAAUCUGCACAUUCAUUCCAAGGAAAUAGGACUUGGAGUUGAAGAGAUGGUAGAAUGUAAGCCAUCUGAAGACUGACUUUGGGGGAAAAAAAAUGUGUGUAGCCAACACUUAUAUUGUGGCCUUUCUGAAAACACAUCGUCACGGUAGAUUUCAGUCAGCACAGUGUGACCAUGUUGGAGUAGGUAACAUAAAAUUUUUACAUUUUUAUUGUUUGAUUUGUACCCGUAUAAAUGAGACAUUUCAUCAUGUAAAAUUCCUGUUAUUCUGGAAAAACCUGUUGUUUUGAUCUUCUCGAAUUGUUUUCUGACUUAGAAUUACCCUUUCAAAAAACUUUUAAAGAUAUCUCGGGCUCAAAAGUACUCCCGAGAGACUAAAGCUGACCCACAGGUUGAAAAUGUUGACCCUAUCCUGUUAUUUAAAUGUGAACAUUUAUUGUACAUUCAGUGAGUUAUAGUGUUAAUAGUCUUGUGCUACUCAGCAGGUGU